UCAUUAGAUCAAGCCCUUGAGACUUCGGAUCAAGUUAAAUCUUCAACGUUGAGAAUGGCUUCAUCCGAGAUAUACAGAGAAGCCGAUCCCGUAAUGUCGAAGGAGAUUAGGGAUGUCGUACCGGCGCAUUAUGUGCUCAAGAUUAAGUCCUUCUCUUUGUUUGCGAAGAACAACAUGGGGAAGUAUGAAUCGGGCGAGUUCGAAGCAGGAGGCUAUAAAUGGAAACUGAUCCUCUAUCCCAAUGGAGACAAGAGCCGAAACGGAGAAAAUCACAUCUCCAUAUAUCUGGCGAUUUCAGGGACGAAUCCUCUCCAACUUGGUGGGCCGAUUCACGUGGCCGUCAGGUUCUCUCUGUAUGAUCAAAUUUGUGAUAGAUAUUUGACUGAACAAGAAAGAGUCACAAGGUUUCACGCGUUGAAAGCCGAAUGGGGAGUUCCGAGAUACAUGCCAUUGAAAAUUUUUGCCGACCCAUCGAAUGGGUACCUUGUGGACGACACCUGCAUCUUCGGUGUGGAGGUUUUCGUCAUCAAGAGUUCGGGAGUCGGCGAAUGUUUGACGCUGAAGGCGAGUGCAUCGUAUACUCACCAAUGGAAGAUAUCGAGGCUCCCAAGCUUGGGGGAGGAUUAUCUAUACUCUGAUGUAUUCACUGUUGGAGAUCAUAAAUGGAAGGUGUGGCUAUGCCCGAGGGGCGACUAUUAUAACAGGGGCCAAAGCCUUUCCAUUUCUCUCGGUUUAGUGGAGGCGGAUAAAUUGGCUUCUGGUCAGAAAGUGAACGCGAGAUAUGUCAUUCGGUUAAAAGGCCCAAAAAACUUUGUACAUCAGCCGGAAGCUCGGACUACAUCGUUCAGUAGCUCCACUAUGUGGGGGGGUUGGCCGUCUUUCAUGCCGCUGAAAACGGUUCAGGAAUGCUUGACAAAUGAUCCAUGUUUUAUCGAGACCGAAGUCACGGUGCUUGGCACAAUUAGCAAAUUGCCAUAAUGGCAAAUUUAUGCACUGGAUGUAUUCAUAAACUGGCAGUUCUUUCCUCAUAACAAUAAUACAUGGAUUGGAUGUGUUUGUUAACA